AUGGCUGCGACGGAGAAGAACCAAGUAGAGCUUACCCAAGCCAAGCAACUCAACCAUGUGCCUUGGAGUGAAGAAUACGAGAAGAUGAUAUCGGGCAUGCUCUACGACUCCCACGACCCCAGCCUAGCAGCAGCCCGUUUCAAAGCCCGCGCCUGGGCCCAUGACUACAACACCUACUUCCCCCCAGCAUCCAGCAACCCAAACUUUGACUCUCUCGCAGCAGAGCGCCUAGAAAGACUCCGCGCUAUUCUGGGCCACGUAGGUGAAGAGUCCUUCAUCGAGCCCCCCUUUAGGAUCGACUACGGCUGCAACAUCUCCAUCGGCAACCGCUUCUACGCGAACUUCAACUUGACGAUUCUGGACUGUAGUUUAGUCACGAUAGGCGAGAGGGUGAUGCUCGGUCCUAAUGUUAGUAUCUUUGCGGCGACACAUGAGACGGAAGUCGAGAGUCGACGGCAGGAUAUUGAGUAUGGGAGGCCGGUGGUUAUUGGGGACGACUGCUGGAUUGGAGGGCACGUGGUUAUUUUGCCGGGGGGUGACGAUUGGUAA